AGAUGUGGGCUAUCGCCUAUUGCCCCUUCACCUAAGGCUAGAUAGACCACCGCUCCUGAAGACUCCACGGAGUUCACGCCCUUCCUCUAACCCGUCGAAGUACUCUUCAGUGGCCAUCGAGAAAAAUCAUCUCCAAAUUCCUCUUCCAUCGCAACAAUCUUCCAGUGUUCGACAACCUACAACACACCGGAUCCUCACCCAAACUGUCCUCCUCACACCCACCUUGAGUACUUAUCUAGCAUUCUAGCAAAAUAUCAGUGAAUGGCAACCGACGCUAACCGGAUCUGUUAUAUGCGGGGGAAAGCGGCUGAUACCUAAAACGUUGAAGCUUCUCACAGACUGGGCAUAAGAGUUCUUAAUUAUAGACAUUUGCGUGUAACAAGGAACUUGUAUAAUGGUGGCUAAGCGUAAUACUCGUUACAACCGGCUUGCUGCGGAUGAAGAUGAUGAAUAUUAUGGGAGUGGGUCAAGACAUGCUGACCGUCGAUUUGAAUAUUCGCCAAAGUCUCUAGAUCGAGUCCCAUGGAAGUCACUUGCCCUUGCAGUUUUCCUGCUUUCACUUGGAUGCCUUCUUCUCCUGCUCUCACUCUUUAUCCUGACUGGCCAUAUGGCAGGAGAUCAGUCCCAAGCAUAUGGUCUAUUAGGACUCGGGAUUUUAACCUUUCUCCCAGGUUUUUAUGAGACACGUAUCGCGUAUUAUUCUUGGAGAGGUGCUCAAGGUUAUCGAUUUGCUUCUAUUCCCGACUACUGACCCAGUGAGGCAGUGACUAUGUUUUUAUGACCUUUGGUUUGCUGUACUCAUCUUCUUUACUCAUGUCUAUAUCAUAAUAUGCCAUCAUCAUGCGCCAACUCCCAUUUCUCUCGUCCUUUGAACUAAAUUUGCUGUACUGCUUCAUGCUUGCUCCCUGGUAGAGUCCUGAUGCAGGUGAAGAAAAUGUGGGUUGGUGUGGGUCCAUGUCACUUCAAGAUCUGUGAGAGUUUGUAUGAAAACCAAGUGAUUGGACAAAAUACUUGAAAGAGAUGGGAUUAGUUGUUGAAAACAUAGAGGAAAGUCACUAAGAAAUACGUAGUAUAUCAUCAACUUAUUGAAGAAAAAUACCCCUUUCAUCCGGACUACCACUUUCCUUUCAAAAUGAAGUUCUCAUCUUUAUGAAAAGAUUCCUUGCAAGAAAAAAACACUUUAUGAAAAGAUUCUUUUUAAAAAUUUAUGAAACUAUUCUUACAUUUUAUCCAUUUUUUUUUGUUGAAUGUGAUAUACUGUAAGGUUAAUAAAACUUUAUCUCAGAUAUGUGUCUAAAUCUGACAACCUUUUUUGCAAAGGAUGAGGACAUGAGGUAAUAAUUUAUAAUUCAGCAUUAAACUUGACAACUUGUUCAAAACUUCAAAUCUUGAAACCUUUUUGUCGUGUGUUUUUACUGUUAUUGGUUAUGUACUUAUGUAAUUAUGUAAUUGUAUGAUGUUCCCAGUUCGCCAAUGAGCUAAUUUGUUUUUUAUUUUUGCAUUUCUUUGGUCUUCCUUAGAAUGCCA